AUACAGAACACCCGCACAGAGCCGGAGGACUAAACAAACACGCCAUUUAUUUACCAUUUUUAAAGGAAAGAGCGUUGCAUCUGCUUAUUAUUUUUUGCAAAGGGAAAGUCUUAAGAUUAACAGAUGUUUGAUGUGUGCAGUCAUUCUGCUGUCAUUAGCGCAGAGUGAGUGUGUGCCGGAGGAGAGCAUGAGUGUCUGAUGUGCAUAAGUUGAGUGUGUGUGCGCGUGCUCGCCGGAGGAGGAGAGCAUGAGCCUCUGAUGUGCAUUAGUUGAGUGUGAGUGUGUGUGAGAGCAUGAGUGUGGUGUCUCUGCUGGCCCGGAUCAUGCGCUCUCUGCUGCUGCGGCCCGAGACUCUCCUCCUCCUGCUCCUGCUGUGUGUGUCUCUGGCUCUCUGGAGCUUCUUCUUCUUCCACACGGAGGAGGUGAAGACCAUCGUGCGGUCCAGCCGAGACGUGGUGCACAUGAUGAAGGGCAGGGUGAGGGAGAUGAUGCUGGAUGAGCAGAUGAACGUGAUGAAGGGCAAGGUGAGGGAGAUGAUGCUGGAGGAGCAGAUCUCCUUCUCCAGGACAUGGCAGUUCAGGAGCAGCUCUGCUGCGGUGUACUCGAUCCAGGGCAGGAGAGAUCACAUGGAGGACCGGUUCCUCAUCCUCACAGACACACUCAACUAUAGCCAUCCGGACAUCUUCGGCAUCUUCGACGGGCAUGGGGGAAAGGCAGCUGCAGAGUACGCCAAGUCUCAUCUUCCCGUCAUGUUGCGCCAGCAGCUUCAGAAAGAAAACAGUGCUCGUACUCCUCAGUCCGUCCUCAGGCAGCAGAUACUCAACAUGGACAAAGAGAUGCUGGAGAAACUGUCGGCCUCCUAUGAUGAAGCAGGUACCACGUGUCUGGUGGAUCUGCUGUCUGAGAAGGACUUGACUGUAGCUAAUGUUGGCGAUUCCAGGGCAGUGCUGUGCGAUAAAGACGGUAAUGCCGUCCCACUGUCACAUGACCACAAACCCUACCAGGUCAAAGAGCGAAAGAGAAUCAAGAAAGCUGGUGGCUUCAUCAGUUUUAAUGGCUCCUGGCGUGUGCAAGGUGUUCUUGCCAUGUCCCGUUCACUUGGCGACUAUCCUCUAAAGAAGCUGAAGGUGCUGAUCCCUGACCCUGAUGUGCUGAACUUUGACCUGGACAAACUACAGCCUCAGUUCAUGAUUCUGGCCUCAGAUGGACUCUGGGACGCCUUCAGCAGCGAGGAAGCCGUGCACUUCAUCAAAGAGCGUCUGGAUGAGCCGCACUUCGGUGCAAAGAGCAUCGUCCUGCAGUCCUUCUACCGCGGCUGUCCAGACAACAUCACCGUGAUGGUGGUCAAGUUCAGAAAGAGAGGCUCCAAAGCUGCUGGCCAGUGAAGACGGAUCUGCUCUCACAUGUGAUCAUGGAAUGCAAACCAAUAUCUGAAUGAAUGAGUGACUGGAUGAGCAAUUAUCAUUAUGCAUAACUUAAACGUUAGAUA